GUGGUUACUUUCUAUGGAUCAUCAUUAGUCGAUGCUUCAGUUCCAGCUGGACAAGAACUGGCAAUAAAAGGUGCUUCAAGACCUGGACUUGUAACGAAGAAUGGCUUGGUCAUUUUUGGUAAUGACGGGAAGAUGGUACUAGUGAGAAAUCUACAGUUUGAGGAUGGAAAAAUGAUCCCUGCAUCUAAAUACUUCUCUGCUGAUGAAACAGCUGCCCUGGAACUUACAGAAGAGGAGAAAAAGAUGGCAGAAGAUAUUAGGGCUAUUUGGAAGGGAAUUUUGAGCAAUGUUCCUGUAAUUGAGGAUUCUACAGACUUCUUCAAAUCUGGAGCAUCCUCUAUGCAUGUUGUCAGUGUUAUUUAUAAGUAUCAAGAGCCAUGUUCCAUUGUUGGACUCUAUUAAAAUGAUAUAUUUUAGAUACUAAUUUUUUGUGGGUGUGUGCUUCACUUUCAGGUUUCAAAAAAUGUGAACAGUAUGACGGUGAGGAUGCCAUACCAGUGUUUCAUAAAUGGGCAGUUUAUAAAUGCUGAUGAUGGAAAGACAUACGACACCAUAAAUCCAACAGAUGGAUCAGUAAUAGCCAGUGUAUCCUCUGCUUCGUUGGUUGACGUUGACAAAGCUGUGGCAGCAGCGAAAGAGGCAUUUGAAAAUGGUGAAUGGGGAAGAAUGAAUGCACGGGAACGAGGGCGACUCAUGUACAGACUUGCAGACCUGAUGGAAGAACAUCAAGAAGAGUUAGCAACAAUAGAAUCUAUCGACUCAGGAGCUGUCUACACAUUAGCUUUGAAGACCCAUGUAGGAAUGUCUGUGCAAACAUUCAGAUACUUUGCUGGAUGGUGUGACAAAAUUCAGGGUGCUACAAUUCCAAUUAACCAGGCCCGCCCAAACCAUAACCUCACAUUCACUAAGAAAGAACCAAUAGGUGUGUGUGCAAUAGUUAUCCCCUGGAAUUACCCACUGAUGAUGCUUGCAUGGAAGAGCGCAGCGUGUUUGGCUGCAGGCAACACAUUGGUUCUCAAACCAGCUCAGGUCACACCGCUGACGUCCUUAAAGUUUGCAGAACUCUCAGCUAAAGCUGGAUUUCCUAAGGGUGUUAUAAAUAUUCUGCCUGGUGCAGGUGGCUUAGUGGGACAGCACUUGUCUGAACAUCCAGAUGUUCGCAAAGUUGGAUUCACUGGUUCAACACUGACUGGUAAAAAGAUCAUGAAAAGUGCAGCCAGUAAUCUGAAGAAAGUUUCUCUUGAACUUGGCGGUAAAUCACCGCUGAUCAUAUUUAAUGACUGUGAACUUGAUAGAGCUGUAAAAAUGGGUAUGGGAGCAGUAUAUUUCAACAAAGGAGAAAACUGCAUUGCUGCUGGCAGGCUGUUUGUGGAAGAAUCAAUCCAUGAUGAAUUUGUUAGCAAAGUGGUGGAAGAAAUAAAAAAGAUGAAAAUUGGUGACCCACUUGAUAGAUCCACAGAUCAUGGUCCACAAAAUCACAAAGCACAUUUGGAAAAGCUGCUGCAAUACUGUGAAACUGGAGUAAAAGAAGGUGCCACUCUAGUAUAUGGAGGAAGACAAGUAAAUAGACCAGGUUUCUUCAUGGAACCCACAGUAUUCACAGAUGUUGAAGACCAUAUGUAUAUUGCCCAGGAAGAGUCCUUUGGUCCCGUGAUGGUAAUUUCUAAAUUUAAAAAUGGAGAUGUUGCUGGAGUUCUAAGACGGGCAAAUUCCACGGAAUACGGUUUAGCUUCAGGAGUUUUCACAAGAGACAUAAGCAAGGCUCUGUAUGUAAGCGAAAAGCUACAAGCUGGAACAGUUUUUAUUAACACAUACAACAAAACGGAUGUUGCUGCCCCUUUUGGUGGAUUUAAACAAUCUGGCUUUGGAAAAGAUUUAGGUGAAGAAGCUCUUCACGAAUACCUUCGAACCAAGGCUAUCACUGUGGAAUAUUAAAGUAACUGUCUCACUUGGAAAGUAAAUUGACUGGGUAUGAGUCUUAAGGACUCCAUGAAUCACUUGAUACAAUGCCCAGGGUAUGCUGUCCAACAUGG